CAUGGCUACGAUACGACGAACAAUUUCGUCAGCGUAUGGCGGUUCGGUCAGAUUUGAGUUGGGAUCAUAGGGAUAUAGGGCUUUGGAUGAGGCUGAUGAACACUAAGGGGUAUCAGGGAUAUGGGGGGUCUAGCGGCAGCACAAACCAACCCUUUCAGGGAGGCUCCGGCGGACACAGUUCGGGUUCAGCCGGGGCACACAAAAAAGGAGUUUGCUGGCUGUUUAAUGAAAGCCAGUGUAAGUGGGGCUCAACAUGUCGGUUUAAGCACGAAUGUUCUUGGUGUGCCGGGAAUCACCCAUUCAGUAGGUGUUUCAAAAAGCCAAAAGGGGCCGUACCCAGAACAAGGGAUGGGUUUGGAAAAGGGGGAGACGCCAGUGAUUCUCGAGGCGAUGGUUCCGUGGCUAAAUAGAUACCCUAAGAGGGACAAGGCUCAAUUGCUGAGGGAAGGUUUUCAAUUUGGUUUUCGGAUCCCAGGGAGGGAGGGGAGUGAAAAAGGGGUUUCGCAUAAGAAUUUGCGGUCAGCUCUUGCCGAUCCGGCACUGGUCAUGGAAAAACUACAUAAGGAAGUGGGCUUGGGGAGGAUGGCAGGCCCGUUUCCUGAUCCACCCUUACCGGGUCUGAGAGUUUCUCCUCUGGGGCUUGUGCCCAAGAAGGAGCAGGGAAAGUUCAGGCUAAUCCACCACUUAUCUCACCCCAAAGGGAACUCAGUGAAUGACGAGAUUGAUAGGGAACUGGUUAGGGUAUGUUACACAUCAUUUGACGAGGCAGUACGGUUGGUUCGGGAGGCGGGGCGAGGGGCUUUGAUGGCGAAGGCGGAUGUAGAGUCGGCAUUUCGGUUGCUACCGGUGCAUCGGGAGUCACUUCACUUACUAGGAUGUUUCUUUGGGGGGGGAUAUUACGUGGAUAGGAGCCUACCAAUGGGUUGCUCCAUAUCAUGCUCUUAUUUCGAGGCUUUUAGUACCUUCCUGGAAUGGGUGGUGCGACAGAAAGCGGGGGUGAAUGGAAUCAUACAUUACUUGGAUGACUUCCUGUGCGUGGGCCCCAGCGACUCUGCUCUUUGCGGGGUUUUGUUGCAGACUUUGUGCGAGGUCGCAAGCGAAUUUGGGGUGCCGCUAGCAAAUGACAAGACAGAAGGCCCAACUACGUGUCUAAAAUUCUUGGGAAUAGAGAUUGAUACCAUUCAGCAAGAGUGUAGAAUUCCACAAGAUAAGAUAUGGCUAUUGGAAGAGGAAGUGAGAUAUGCAUGUGCGGCAAAAAAAGUGACACUUAGACAAUUGCAGUCCUUGUUGGGAAAAUUAAAUUUUACAUGCAGAAUCAUCCCCAUGGGAAGGGUGUUCUCGAGAGGGCUGUCUAUGGCUACAGCAGGCGUUCAGCAGCCCCACCAUUUCAUUAGGCUGAAUAAGGAGCAUAAAGCAGAUUUGGAGGUGUGGCAAAUGUUCUUACGGGAUUAUAACGGGAGGGCUUACUGGUUAUCCAAACCAGAAACCAACACAGAGCUGGAUUUGUUCACAGAUGCGGCGGGAUCACUGGGCUUUGGGGCCUAUUUCAAGGGUGCUUGGUGCGCGGCACCUUGGCCUGAGAGUUGGGCAUCGGCAGGUUUGACGGCAAAUUUGACGCUGCUGGAGUUGUUUCCAAUCGUAGUAGCGGUGGAGGCGUGGGGUCAGCAAUUAGCCAAUAAUUCGGUGAUUUUCCAUUCGGAUAAUAUGUCAACGGUUAUGGCAUUAAAUAAUUUAACAUCGGGUUCACGGCCAGUUUUGGGGCUUUUGAGGCAUCUGGUUUUGCGCUGUUUGCAACUAAAUAUUGAGUUUAGAGCUAAACAUGUCCCUGGUUGUGUUAAUAACAUCGCUGAUGCACUGUCUCGUUUUCAGUGGGACAAGUUUCGCAAGCUGGCGCCAGGAGCGGACAUCCAAGGGACACCUUGCCCGGAGCUGGUCUGGAGAAUCGUGUAAGAGGUAAUGCUCGAUGUAUAAUUUGGAUGGUAGGACAUUCUUUCAUUUCAAGAGCACGGGAGCGGUCAAAGGUGCGACCCAAUGGGCAACAAUUAGGCUUCCUGGAGGAGCAGGCAACGGUGAGGUGGCUGGGGGUUGGGGGUCUUUGCUGGGAGGAAGUAGUCCCGAUGAUAAUACAGGAAGCAAGACGUGUAGGGCCUCCUAACAUAAUUUUAGUGCAUGCUGGGGGCAACGAUUUGGCUAGAUGUCCUAUGAAACAGCUCACAAAGAAUAUUAAGAGGGAUUUUGUCAGGCUUUGGUCAAUAUUUCCGGGCGUCUGUUUGUUAUGGUCGGAGAUACUGCCGAGGAAAAAGUGGCGGGGCGCACGGUCACAUGGGGCGGUUGAUAGUGCGCGAAUAAAAAUAAACAAGGCUGUCUCUAAGUUUAUUCAAGGACAAGGAGGAAUUGCGAUUAGGCACAGGGAAUUUGAUAACCCCAGCGAAUAUUGUGGUGCGGAUGGAGUUCACUUGAAUGAGCUGGGCAUGGAUUUGUUUAAUUUUAAUCUGCGAGAUUCCCUGGGUUUUGCAUGGAGGGUGUGGAGGGGCAUGCAGCAUUGAAGGCGUACAACACUGCAUGCGGUGGCGGGGCCCCUUGUCAGUCUGCCAGGGGGGUGAGAGCGGGUGCCACCAAGAGUCAGAGGUUUGGAUAGUGGUUUAACCCCAAAAAGGUGGGUGGCCACAGCUGGUGGAGUGGUGGCAACCUAGUACAUGAGACGGAUUGGGAAUUUUGGGGAGUUAGUGAUCAAGAGCAGCGGCUAUUGAAGUCACAGAGUUAAUGGGCGGCUGCUUUUUUCUCUGAGCCAAUGGGUUGCGGCUGGAGGACGUCAAGGGCCAGUGUGCUGAAGGGCAGGCUGACUAGGGGGCUCUAUAUUUGGCACUGUCGUAGGAAAAUGUUAAAGGAGUUAUGUACCGUUUCUAAAGUGUUACAUGGUCAUGCUUAAAUAUGGAGUUAAUUUAUAUAUGCGGAGAUUGUUGGUAAUGAACAUGGUUAUAGAAUUAAUUGUAAUCAAUAAAGCUGUGGCCAGUUUAUUCCAAAGUUGGUGUCAAGUGUUUUUAUUUUAGAUAACGGGAACGCAAGGUAGGUGAUGCAAGGGUCAUGUGAGCCCCGGAUAGCAGCAGCAGGCUUGGAGGAGGGGCGGCCAUGACGCUGCGCAACUGGGAAGAAAAGGGGAGUUCUGGUCACAGCAGGGCAACAGCCUUCUAAUUGGUUGAGGCUGAGGGGGCGGAGCUAAGCAACUCCAUUUCGCGGAGGAAACCGAAGUGAAUUCAGCCAUUUUAAGAAGACAGCAAGAGGGAGCAGUUCCCUCCCACCCUCCCUAAGAAUGGUUAAUGGAGCGGGGAGAGGCAAUCGGCUAGUUGUCACUUUGGUGGCCAAAGUAGCUUGGGAUAUCACGGUUCGGU